AGAAGAAGGUGAUAAAACAGUAGCAAUGGCUUUGGCCAAUCCUGAUCAGUAUGUGCUGAAACCUCAGAGGGAGGGAGGUGGUAACAACAUUUACGGCAGUGAGAUCUGUGAAGUGCUGGAGAACCUGAAGAACUCCACUGAGAGGACGGCUUACAUCCUGAUGGACAAGAUCCAGCCCGUCCCGGUCCAGAACUACCUGCUCAGGCCCGGAGCUCCUCUGAAACUGAACUCCUGUCUAAGUGAACUGGGCGUAUUUGGAGCGUAUGUCAGGAAAGGCAAAGACAUGGUGUUUAAUGAGUGCGUGGGCCACCUGCUGAGGACCAAGAGCUCAGAGCAUGCUGAUGGGGGAGUGGCUGCAGGAGUAGCAGUAAUGGACAACCCACUGCUGGUCUGAACUACAGCACCACCUACUGGACCGGAGGAGGGUGCCAUACGGCUGACGUCAGGGGAAAUCAUCAUCCCUGUGAUUCAUUUUUCACCUGGCAUCUGUUUUAUCAAAGGUUUAGUGUGUGAAUAUCCCCUACAGUUUGAGUAAUCUAUGUGGAACACUUAUGACAGAACCGCUCAUUUCGUGCACGUUUUAUACCUCAUUCAAGGGUUAAUCUGUGUGAGAAGUAGCCAUUGAUGUUUUAUAAAAUAGAUUAGAUGUUUCCUUUUUUUGGCUAAUUUAAUUGGUAACCGAUUUUAUUAAAGGGGUCAUAUGAUGUGAUUUCAAGUUUU